UGGAAAGACUUCCAGCUUCAUCACGGAGUUUCUCUCGGUUUGUGGGCUCAUCUAAAGCUGAGUAACAGGAGGAGAAGAGUCUGGUGGUGCAGCAGAAGAACAAUUUCAGCCAUUUGGACUCAGCUCAGCCACUACAGAGGAAACAAUGACUUCAACACAAAAGGACCAACAUGGAGCGAGAAGUCAGCGCUCUCAGGAGGCCGACAAACCUCACAGAAGAAAGGGAGAGAAAACCUACAGCUGUGAUGAGUGUGGGAAGUCUUUUACCCGGGCUGAAACCUUAAAAACUCACCAACUCAGCCACAGUGGAGUUAAACCUUACAGCUGUGACUUGUGUGGAAAGUCUUUUACCCUGGCUGGACACUUAAAAACUCACCAACUCAUCCACAGUGGAGUUAAAGCUUACAGCUGUGACUUGUGUGGAAAGUCUUUUACCCGGGCUGGAGACUUAAAAACACACCAACUCAUCCACAGUGGAGUUAAAGCGUACAACUGUGAGUUGUGUGGAAAGUCUUUUACCCUGGCUCAAAGCCUAAAAAGACACCAUCUCUUCCACAGUGGAGUUAAACCUUACAGCUGUGACUUGUGUGGAAAGUCUUUUACCCAGGCUGGAGACUUAAAAACACACCAACUCAUCCACAGUGGAGUUAAACCUUACAGCUGUGAGUUGUGUGGAAAGUCUUUUACCCUGGCUGGACACUUAAAAAAACACCAACUCAUCCACAGUGGAGUUAAAGCACACAGCUGUGAGUUGUGUGGUAAGACUUUUGCUGUAAAUAGCGACUUACAGGGGCAUCUAGUUAGCCACUCUGGAAUUAAGGCGUACAGCUGCGACUUUUGUGGAAAAAGUUUCAGCAACAAACACUACCGAAAUAUUCACCUACGGAUUCACACUGGAAAUGAUGUUUACUGCUGUGAUCAGUGUGGGAAACUGUUUGCAACAGAUGCACAGUUACAACGACACAUGUUUAGCCACACUGAGGAGAGACCUUACAAAUGUGACCUGUGUGAGAAGACUUUUAAAGCUCCACAUCACCUGAAAAGACACCAACAGAUCCACACCAGAAAGUAACUCUACAAGUGCAGUUACUGUGAGGUAUGUAUUUAGUUUUUUAUCUUGUAAUUUUAACCAUCAACGGGACCAAAAAACCACAUCAACGUCGACACACUGGAGACAAAAUGAACUACUGCAAAGAAUGUGGGAGAGGCUUCCACACACCAAGUACAUUAAAAAUACAUGAACUCUUCCACAGUGGGGUCAAAAAGCACAUCUGUGACCAGUGUGGGUCAUCCUUCACCACUGGACAUGAGCUCAAUGAAAAAGCAUAAGCGAAUCCACACAGAAGAGACACCAUACAAGUGCAUUUUCAUCUUUUCUCAUUACAAACAGCUACAUCCACUUCUGUUGGGCUUAGGCUACUCACUAGGGCUGGGUAUUGUCACUGAUUUCUAUAAUCGAUUUGAUUAAAUUCAAUUUUGACUCAGUAACUGUGUCAAAGUAACUGAGGAUAAAACACAGAAAAACAGCAAGCUAAGCAUUUUUCAAUUUGGCAUAAUUUAAAAAAAAAUUAUUAAACAGCAAACAUGAAGCUUUCUUUUGGUCGGAGAGGAACAAAAGCUGCAGCUCAGAAUCAGUGAGAUGUUGACUUUCUGCCCCGACGGCGUGUCCGUGUUCGUGCCGUCAGGUGAGAAAGACGACAUCUGGUCCGCGCUUUGUGUUCACGUCUUUGUGUGGAAUCUGUUCACCUGCUCUCAUUUAUUGUUUUAGCUGUUUGGUGGUCAUUGAAAUAGUUUUGUGAGCUCCUGGCGUUUCUGGCAAAAUACAUUUAGAUUUAGAAAUCGAUUCAGGAUUUAAUGAAUCAAUAUCGCAUUAUUCAUCGCGUUAUUAAUCGAUACCGACUUGGUAUAGAUUUGAUACCAAGUCGGUGUCGGUAUCGGAUCGAUUCUAGCCUGGUGAGAUCGAUUCUUUACUUUAAUUUCUGCUCUUGUUUGCAAUGCUGUGCAUUCGGCAAAGACCAAACAGCCAGGUCGGCGGACUCGCUGCUCCCGUGUCAGCGAAGAGCAGGCAGACUUUGCUCCUCCUCCCCCCUCUUGUGUUUAGAUGUUACGCUGUCAUGUGAUGUGACUUUGGGGGAUUGUUAAGUUGUUUACAUAUUAGUUAUAUAUUCACCAGUUGUUUUUGUUGUUGAGAAUUUUAAUUGUAAUUUUUGUAUUAUAGUUUCUCAACAAUACUUGUUUCUUUUAAUUUGUUUACUGGUUUGCAUGCACUUUUUAUUUUUCUAGAUUUUUCUAAAAAAUAAAUUUGAAAAGAAUUGAUAACUGUAAACCACCACUGCAGACCCAAUGGCAUUUUCAUGCUUCACAGCAUCAUUCAUUCUUACAAGUCAUCCGGCUUGUAAGAAUAAAGGCUUUGCACCCCUGAUGAUCCACCAGGACAAACUCAGCAGUGUGUGAGGAAGAGGAGGAGGAAGAGCCAGCAGCAGCUGACAGAUGGA